GCGCAUUGAGAGAGACCCAAGAGCUCAAAUUAGGUUUUUUUUCUUCCUCCGAUUUGAGAGAGAUUCGAUAAUGGCGUGGUCGUCGGAAACGCCGUCGUAUUGCGGCUGGAAUGAGCUACAUGUGAAGAACACGAAAGGAAAGAUGGAGGUUCAUUAUUACCUCGAGAGGAAAGAUGGAAUUGCAGAUCUAGCUGUUAUUGGGAGGUUGAAGAAUUCUAAACGCAUGUCUUUUAGAUAUGCUUUGAAGAAGAAUCGCUCUGUUUUGAAAAAGCUUAAUUCCAAAGAUGAUGUUGCUAAUUGGCUCGAUUCCAUUGUUUCUGGUGUGAUGCCUCAUGUAGCAGAUGUACCAGCUACUGUUAUGACUGAAAAAGAUGCUGGAGGAUUAAAUAUGAGCACUUUUAUGAAUGGGAAAUUUCAGGAGCCUAUUGAGCAGAUCAAAACGUUCUCCUGGAUGGGUUCUUCUUGGACUUGUAGGAAACGGCGUAAGCAUUAUCAAUCUUUUCUCCGGAAUGGUGUUAGAAUAUCUGUGAAUGAUUUUGUGUAUGUUUUAGCGGAGCAAAAUAAGAGACUUGUUGCAUAUUUGGAAGAUCUUUAUGAGGAUUCUAAAGGGAAGAAGAUGGUUGUGGUACGAUGGUUUCACAAAACUGAGGAAGUUGGUUCUGUUUUACCUGAUGAUAUUAAUGACAGAGAGAUUUUCUUUUCUCUUUAUCGUCAAGAUAUCAGCAUUGAGUGCAUAGAUUAUUUGGCUACUGUCCUCAGUCCUCAGCAUUAUGAGAAAUUUCUUAAGGUGCCAAUGCAUGUUCAGCCAGUAUCUUUCUUCUGCCAGAAAUUAUAUGGAGAUGAUGGCAUAAAGCCCUAUGACAUUACACAAUUAGAAGGUUACUGGAAACAAGAAAUGCUUAGAUACUUGAAUGUAUCCGUUUUAAAAUCAGGUGAAGGUGCUCAAGCACCUGGUACUGACCCAGGAUUAGGAGCUCCAUUGGUUGGUUGUGUGGGGAUUAGAUCAAGGAAAAGACGUCGUCCUAGUCCUGUUGGUACUUUGAAUCUACCAUCCGCAGGUGACAUCAAAGGUGACUGCAAAUUUAGUCCAGAUUCUGUUUUGGGUGCUUCAGAUGCUUCUAUAUGCAAGGGUGCAGAAGAUGGUUCUUCACAUCACAUUAAAAAGGGUUCACUUGUUGAAGUUCUUUCUGAAGAUAGUGGCAUCAGAGGUUGUUGGUUUAAGGCACUGAUAUUAAAGAAACACAAAGAUAAGGUUAAGGUCCAGUACCAAGAUAUUCAGGAUGCAGAUGAUGAAUCUAAAAAGCUAGAGGAGUGGAUUUUGACAUCUCGGGUUGCUGGUGGUGAUGAUCUGGGAGGUCUUAGAAUCAAAGGACGGAAAGUAGUACGACCAAUGCUGAAGCCCGGCAAAGAAAAUGAUGUAUGUGUCAUCGGGGUUGGUAUGCCUGUGGAUGUGUGGUGGUGUGAUGGGUGGUGGGAAGGGAUUGUGGUGCAGAAAGUUUCUGAAGAGAAAUUUGAAGUUUACUUGCCAGGUGAAAAGAAAAUGUCUGCCUUCCAUCGUAGCGACCUUAGACAAUCUCGGGAAUGGUUAGAUGAUGAGUGGCUAAACAUAAGAUCAAGAUCUGAUAUUGUGAGUUCUGUCCUGUCUUUGAUGAAGAAAGAAGAGGCGGAGGUGAAACAUGAUGAGAAGCCAUCUGAUGUUGGGGUUUGUAAUGGUGUGAUGUCAGCAAAGGGUGAGGCUAAACGUACCAUCUCUCUUCCAGUAGCUACAACCAAAAAGUCAUUACCUAAGCGACCAAUUCCAGAUCUUCUAAAAGAUGUCCUAGUCACUUCUGACUUAAAGUGGAAAAAAUCAUCGAGGAAACGCAAUCGAGUUGUCAGUUGCUGUCCACACGAUCCUAGCUUGAAUAAUGGUUUCUCUAGUGAAAGAUCUUUGGAUUGUGAGAACUGUAAGUUCAUGGGAGAUGAUUUUGGUUCUUCGGUUGGGCAGCCUUUGACAGGUCUAUUAAUGUCGAGAUGAUCAUCAGCUUGGGGAUAAAGUUGCAUUUCUUCUUGUGAGGUACAUAUUACCUGAUGGGCAUCUGCUCAAUGCGAUUUUGGGUUAUAGAUUACUGGUGACUCGCAAGAUUUUGUGGGAUGGAUUAUAGGAUUAGCUCGUAAUGGCAUCCAAAUUCGUUUGUGUACUUAUGUUGUAACAGUAGGGCAUAGAGCUUUAAUACAAUCAGCAAAAUUUU